AUGCAUACUAUCGUGAUUUCUACUUCUUCUUCCUCAGAGAGCCCAAAGGGCAGCAAAAAAAUCCAAAGGCACCACCAGCUUCAAAAAAAACAACAACAACAACAGCAACAACUAAAAGAUCCCGAGCUAACUAAGGUGUUAAUCAAUCAGCUAUCGAUAUUACUCUCCACAGUAGAUUUUGCAACUGUUGAUUCGCAUUAUAAACAAAUUAGACACAUUUUACUGAGACAUAGCAGCAGCUCUAUUGUACGAAUCAACUAUUUUGAAAAACUCAUUAAUUUAAUCAGAUUUAGUGACCUAUCGAAAAGGGAAACAUUAACUCCAUUGGAACAGUUAUUUUCAAAAGAGCUCAAUUUUAUUGCAUUUGAUUUAAAAGAAGCAGAGACAUUUAUCCUUCAAUUAAACAAGCGGUUUAACUUUAAAAAUUCAGAUAGUAUCGUUGACUUUGUUAUCAAGUUUAAUUGCGACUUGAUCUUUUCAUUCAUUUUAUUAAUCAAUUAUAACAACGCAUCAACUUCUCAAGCUGCAAGAUCGUUUUUGAAAAACCAUUCUUUAGAAUUAUCAAAAUUGCUAAAAGAUCGAAGAUUCCCACCUGGUUACAAUUGGAGUUUACUUUUAGAAGCCAUUUUAAACACACCCUAUUUCCCAUUUUUGCACAAACUCUUAAUUUUAACCUCGCUUAAAGCUUUUAAACUAACUAUUGAACCUAUAAACAAGUUUUACCAAAACAUUUUGAAAAUGUCAUUUAAAGACUUGAUAUCAGAAGUUGGAAUUGAUAAUCUCAUUCCGGAAAAAUUAUUACCGGCACUAUUGCAAAUGAAACCAAAUGAAGUAGAUCAAGGUAUAGCAUUGAUCUUGUCGGAGUUUUUAAUCCCUGGGUCUCAAGGAAUUAACUACUCGACUCCUUCUCCUUCAUCUUCUCCAUCAUAUGGUCAAACUCUUGUUGAAGCAAAUGCUAAGGGUGCACAACUACAAGCAAGCUUCAGAGCAAUUGAACUACUGGGGAAAUUCAAUAUCAACUGGUACGAAGUGUUUAAUUAUGUUCACCAAUACUUGUUUGAUUCAAGUCAACGAAAUAUCCAACCUUCAUUGACAAGUUUAACUCAAUUUUUGUCUGCUUUGGAUUUUAAGCAGGAACCAAUAGACAUUUUUUUAAACUACGAAUGGUGGUUUGAUAGAACUUUGCUUUAUUUAUUACAAACAGCAGAGGCAUCGCAGGGUGCAUUUGAUAUAGCAUUGCUGAAAAACUUGGCAUUGUGUUUUGAUGAAGAUAAAGAUAAUGGCAAGGAAAAGGAUAAGGAUAAGGAAAAGGAUAAAGAAAAGGAAAAAACCGGUGCUCCAUCCAGCCAGCGUAGGAAUAUUUUGAAAUUUAUCAAUGUUGGAAAAUUGGAACUACAAGUUGUUAUGAAAAUCCAAUCGCCACAACAGCAACAGCAACAACAGCAUAUUCCACAAUCUGAACAAGAUUUCAAAAUUAACUCAUUUAUCAAUCAGAUUUUCGAACACGAUUAUAGAGUGUUUCCCGAAUAUGUUCUUGCUGCAGCUUUAGCCAUUAUUGAAAAACCCCCAUUUAUUAAUGAUUUGAUAGAUACUUUGUUUGGCUUGCUACUAGAUAGUGAUUCGCCUGCAUUGCCCAAAGUCAUACGAUUAUUUCUCGAAUCUGGUUUGGCAAGUACAAAGUUGGCAAACUAUUUAAAGAGUAGAAAUACAAUUGAGGCAGCAGAAGAAGUAGCCAAGGUGGCGUCAAUGUCAAUGUCAACAUCGCCAGGUCUUUUAUCAGAUGUGCUAAAUCAAACCUGGGUGUACGAUGUGAAGUCAGCAGUUAAAUUACUCGUGGAGACAACUUUUUACGAUUACGACUAUAAUGCUGAAUUGGAGGCAAAGUUGAAAGAUUCGCAAUUGAAAAAACAGGUGUAUGAUGCAUUACUUGAAGUUCUUAGUGAAAGAGCACAAAGGGAUUAUGAAACAUGUCAGCAACAACAACAGCAACAGCAACAGCAACAACAACAACAGCAACAACCAUAUCAAACCCCUCGGCAAGUGUUGAAAAUUGCAAUUGUAAGCACUUUACUAGAGAAAUUGAAAAAUAGUAAUGGUAUUGUAGAUUUGCAAAAAUUAAAGGAUUUGCAAAUUUUACUUUUGACAACGUAUCCGAGAUUAAUCAACUACGGUAAUGGCCACGAUGAAGUUAUACUUGCCAAUGAAGCCAAGUCAAGCUUUUUCCCACAAGAGGUUGAAUUGGAAAUGAAGGAAUAUUAUUCAAAAAUGUAUAGCAAGGCAAUGGAAAUUCCCGAAAUUGUUGAUAUACUAAUCAAGAUGAAAUCCAGCAAUGAUCCGCAUCAGCAAGAUGUAUUUGCUUGCAUGAUCCAUUCACUACUAGAUGAGUAUAAGUUCUUUGCAGAGUAUCCGCUAGCAGCGCUUGCAUCGACGUCAUUGUUAUUUGGGGCGCUCUUGGAAAAUGAUUUGAUUCACGGUACAACACUAACAGUUGCACUUAAUUUCAUUUUCGAAUCGUGUAACCAACCACCCGAAUCAAAGCUUUUCAAAUUUGCCGUUCAAUCAUUGUACAACUUCAAGUCGAAACUACAUGAGUACCCUAUAUAUUGUAAACAUUUAUUAGAAUGUCAAUCUUUGGCAACACAUGCAAAGAUGUACCAAGUUGUUAAAGAUGCAGCUAAUGGUAUUCCAUGCGGUGGUGCUCCUACUGGUGGUGCCACGCAAGCUUCAACGCCAGAUGUAGGAUCAAAGUAUCAAUCUAUCAAUUAUGUUGAGCAGGCUGUUGGUACGGUGCAGCAACAAGAGCCACCAGAGGAAAUUCGAGAUAAACUAUUAUUCUCAGUGAACAACAUGACUACGGAGAACUUGAGGCUAUCCGAGGUACGGGAUUCAUUGCAAGAGGCAUAUUUUGCAUGGUUUGCUGAAUACUUGGUGGCUGAUAGGGCCAAAGCAGAGCCAAACAACCAUGCAUUAUAUUCUGAUCUCGUAAAAUCCUUGGCUAACGCUGUGUUUUUUGAGUACAUUAUGAAUGUCACGAUAAAAGAAGUUUACUUUAUUAUCAAGAAUUUCAAAGACUCAAGAACCGAAAGAAACCAGUUGAAGAAUCUUGGUGCAUGGUUAGGUAGAAUCACAUUGGCUAACGAUAAGCCACUAAGGAGAGACUUGGUGGCAUUGAAGUUUUUAUUAGUGGAAGCCUAUGACUUUGAUACCUUAACCUUGAUUAUCCCAUUUGUGUGUAAGAUUUUGGACCAAGCACAAUAUUCUAAAGUGUUUAAGCCACCAAACCCAUGGGUUUUGGGGGUGAUGUCGGUUUUAGCUGAACUAUAUGAAUGUGCAGACUUGAAACUUAAUUUAAAGUUUGAAAUUGAAGUUUUGUUGAAUUCGUUCAAAAUGAAACUUUCUGAUCUUGAGCGGAGUAAAAUUAUUGAAAAUCAUAGUAAGGAUCCUAUUGUCUUGGCUACAACAUUUGGUCUUUUGCCUCAAGCUGGAAAUACCCAAUUAGCACAUGAAUUAUCACGGAUGAGUUUGGAAAAUGGACAAGGACUGAACCAAUUACCAGUCUUUCCUCCUCAAGGUGUUGAUAAACAGUAUAUACAGCAACAACAACAAUUACAACAACAAUUACAACAACAACAACAGCAGCAGCAACAACAGCAUCAACAGCAUCAACAACAACAACAUCAUCAGCAACAACAACAACAACAAUCGAUAUUACAACAGCCACAACCAACUUCUCUUCAUCUUCCACAACAUCAACAACAACAACAACAACAACAACAACAAUCCGAGUCUGGCUUGGAUACAAGUUUCAGUACACUUAUUGGUAAUUCCAUCUUCACUCAACACGCAAAUUUGAGAAGAGCCUUCCAAGCAUCAUUAUCUAGAGCGGUAAGAGAGUGUGCUAUUCCGAUAAUGAACCGAGUUUCAGAAGCUGUGUUGAUUACCACUGAGUCCUUAAUCAAGAAGGAUUUUGCAACCGAAGGAGAUACUGAAAAAUUCAGAAGAAGUUAUCGUAGGUUAGCACAACAAUUAUCUCAUAGUAUGGUAUUAUGCAGUGGAAAAAAAUUGCUAGCAGAGACAAUUGAAGCUACAAUGUUACAACUUUUGGGUAAUAAUCCGAAUGAGAUUCCAAUGAUGGAAUUGAAUAAUGCCAUACAAGCCAACGUAGGCCUUUGUGUUGAUAUUGUCAACAAAAUUGCUGUAACUAAUGUCACUGACUUAAUUGAUGAAAGAAUGAGACCAUACAUCAUUAAUCGUGAACGUCAUAAUCCGGAUCAACCAUAUAUUGAAAAGGGUACUCCAGAGGCUUCUUUGAGAUUACCUGAACCUUUAGGAUUGAGCACAAGAGGUUUAAGUGCACAGCAAUUGAAGAUUUAUGAACAUUUCCUUGAAAUGGCUAAUGAUGAACGUGGCGGCGGAGUUGGUAGUGUCCACAUGAUUGCGCUGCUCCAGCCUCAACAACAACAACAGCAACAGCAGCAACAGCAACAACAACAACAACAACAACAACAGCAACAGCAACAGCUUCUUGUUCAUCAUCAUCAUUCACAAGCAGUUCAAAUGCAGCAGCAGCAACAGCAUAUGUCACUGCAAAUCACUCAGGAUUUCCCAUUACAUCAACAAGCAGCAAAUACCUUGCUACAAGAAGAUGUUGCAUCAUUGGAACAGUUGUUCACCAUGAUUACUCAAAAUUGCGAAAAGGCAAUUCAUUUACUUUCGGAAGUUCAUGAAACCAAAUUGGCUGAGUUACCGCCUAAUCAUCCAAUAAUGUCUGCUCUCACGCAGGCACUAGCUAUUGCACAAGCAAAUGCAAUCAAGUAUCCCGACUUGUUAUUGAAAGCUGCACAAUAUGCAGUGAAUUGUCUUUUUACGCAGGUUCAUGAAAAUCCAAUGAGCAACGAGAUUUAUGUUGUUAUGCUUGAUAAAUUAUGUGAAAACUCGCCAUCAACAGCAAAAGAUGUCACUUGGUGGUUGGUACAUUCGCAGGACCAAAGAAAGUUCAACAUGCCUGUUAUAUUGUCUCUUUUGAAAGUUCAAUUAAUUCAACCUAUUAAAUUGGACUCAUCAAUUGGUAACUUGAUUAGAGAAUCAAACAAUCCGGUUGUUGUUAAGUUUGGUGCGACCUUACUAUAUAAGAUAUUCACGGCUGAGGAUUUGGUUCGUCCUAUUGCUUUGAGGUCUGAGUUUGCCAAUACGUUGGAUGCGCUAUAUGAUUAUCGAAACUUGAAUCUUCAAGAUGAAGAGAACAAGCAGGCCAAAAAAGAGGUGGAUAAGUUAUUCGAUGCCCUCAAUAAUGCUGAUCCUGUGUCCAAUGAACUAUUUGCACAAUUGGGUUACGUAUUUGCUGAAUGGGUGAGAUUAUUAUCUCAUGGAAAUGAGGCCACUUUUAAAUCUCAAGAUGAGUUUAUUGCUGGGUUGAUUGAAUCAUGCAUCUUGACCGAUCCCGAGCAGUUUAAAUCUUUUUGGAAAGCAGCAAUAAAGAUCUCAACUGCUUUAUUCGGUACCGAGCACGAAUUGAGAAGCAGAACGCAACACGAAGCAUAUUUGUCCAUUGACAGUUUGGCGAUGUUGAUUGUUCGGGUUGUGUUAACUGUUGAAGAUGACGAGCAAGCAAUACUGUACUUGAAAAAGAUUAUUAGCAUUGUUGUGUUGAAUUUAGUAACUGACCACGAAGACACCAAAUCCAACUGGAACGAAAGAGUUUAUUUUAGAUUCUUUUCCUCGUUGUUGUCUGCAUGGAGCGAUGCUUCUAUUUUGGAUGAAGAAGCUACCAAGGACAUCGAUGCUCCAUUUUACGAAUUCUUGGGUGAAGUAUUCAAUUCCUUACAACCAAUUGUAAUUCCGGGAUUUACUUUUGCCUGGAUUUCCCUAAUAAGCCAUCGUAUCUUUUUGCCCAAGAUUUUGGAGUUGCCAGAUAGAGAGGGGUACACUGUUGCUGUCAAGUUGUUAACUGCAUUGUUGAAGUUUCAACAAACUUAUCAAAACAGAGGUAACAACCAUGAUGUAUUUAAUGUUACAUUCAAGGCCAUUAAUAGGAUUUUUGUAGGGUUGCUACACGAUUAUCCUGAGUUUUUAGUAGAGUGUCAUUAUCAAUUGGUUACCGCUACUCCAAGAGGAUACAUUCAGCUCAAGAAUAUUAUUUUAUCGGCAACACCUAAAUUGAUCACCGUGCGUGAUCCAUUUACUCAAGGCUUGAAAGUUGAGAGGUUGCCUGAAAUAAAUGAUGCACCUGUUGUAUUUUACAAACCAGUUGACGAUUUAGCAAAAGUUGGCUUGAAAAAACCAGUGGAGAAUUUCCUUCGGAUUCCUGCGCCGGGGUUGAUGAAGACAAUUUAUAAUGGCUUGAAACUAAACCACCCUUAUCAAACUGAUGAUUUUGGGUAUACUGAAACAAUCAGUUUCAACACGAAGCUUGUUAAUGCAUUAGUGCUCCAUUCUGGAAUGAGUGCUGUUGCUGAUAAGUCAACAACAACAACAACGCGUGGUUUUAACUCCAAGACGUCUCAAGUUGCUUUACUUGUUGAUUUGAUGAAUUACGGCUCGAAUGAAUUUAAGUAUUUAUUGAUCAACAGUAUUGCUAACCAAUUGAGGUACCCCAACAGUCACACGCAUUGGUUUAUUGGAAUAAUCUUACACUUUUUCAGCUCAAACACAUUAUGGGGCACACCUAAUAGUAAGCUCGUUGUACAAGAAAUAAUCACUCGCGUACUAUUAGAAAGAAGAAUUGUUAACAAGCCACACCCAUGGGGUUUGACUAUUGUGUUUACAGAGUUGGUCAAGAAUGAUAAUUUUGGGUUCUUUGAAUUACCAUUUGUGAAGAAUUCAAUUGAUGAAAUUAAGACAAUUUUUGAUACUUUAUCGUUAAACGUUAAAGGAUCGAAUUAA